AUGGACCAAAAGUUUCUGCUGUCAGAAUUCGACCGCCUCAUCAGCGACGGUCUGGUCUUGUACGAUGACAAACAGACCAUCCGGCGCCAAUUGGAUGGCGGCCUCAAAUUCCAGUUCGUUCUCACAUCUGCUCUGAACAAGAAACCCACGGCUGCUACCGCGGGCACUCAAUCCAAGGAGCUCGUCGAGAAACGGGUGCGCCCUGGCAGCGACAUUGACGCCAACGGAUAUGAAGUCGGUGAGGUCGGUGGCUCCCACGUCCUUGUUGCCAACAAAUUCUGCUACGCGCGGCCGCACUACCUGCUGCUGACCAAGGACGGCCAUCGGCGGCAGUACGAGCGGCUCGACAGGGCGGACCUCGCCGCCGCCUGGACGCUCCUCUCCGGCAGCGACCUGGACAACUUUGCCGUCUUCUUCAACUGCGGCAAGGGGGCGGGAUAUAGCCGGCUGCACAAGCAUAUGCAGCUGAUGCCGAUGCCUCCCCAUACGUUUGCGUCCUUCCUGGACUCGGCGGAUGGCACGGAGCCGGAGGUACCUUUUCGGUGGUUCUACGAGCGAUGGUCGGACGCUGGCUCAUCUUCCGUGGAUCGAGUUGUCGACUCAUACCGGAAAUUGCUGAAGCAGGCCACCUCGUCGGUAGAAUCGCAGCAGGAGUACAAAGCAGACGACUCCCCGGGAGCCGCCUGCUCUCACAACGUCAUCAUGACUUCAAGGUGGAUUGUCGUGAUUCCGCGCCGCAGGCCCUCUGUGCGCGAUGAGUCAGGCGCAAAUGCCAUGGGGAUGCUAGGCUACAUAGCCGUGCCGUCGCAAGAGGGCAUUGAUACCUGGGCGGACCAAGGGCUCUGUAACGUACUUCGUCAGCUGGGCGUCCCCAUCUAA